UCACCCCAGAGUCCCGUGCUUUUAUGCUCUCAGAUAAUUGGAGCCUGAAUUACACUUCUCCUUUGCUGGGGCCCUCACUUCCGUUUGCAGUACUGACCACUGUCACCCCGGUCUCCUCGCGUCUCCCUCACUACCCCGAACCCUCUUCACUCGCAGCUUCCAGACUCACCCUUUCAGGACCCUAUGCCCCCCAAAUUCCUCAGAGCCCUGUGUCUCCCUCCAGUACACUCUCGCAUCCUCUCCUCCCUGGGGCCGCAUGCCCCCCUCCCCUCCCCUCUGUUGCCUGCACCCCGCCACAUCUCUUGGUAGCCAUAAUCUCUUCUGUGUUUUGUUUCCCCAUCCUUGCUCUGCGUUCGUCUCCUGCUUCUGUGUCUUUUAACAGUAUUUUGGGCUUCUUCUUUCCUGGCAGAGUCCACCUGCAAAGAAUCACAUCAAGCAACUACCUCCAUUGCCAGCCUGCUGCCCAACUGGGGAAGGAUCUCAUAGACUUGGCCACUUUUAGGCCUCACCCAACGGCCAGUGGACACCGCCCAGAGGAAGCAGAAGAAGAGGAGGUUGUGAUUGGGUGGCAAGAGAAGCUCUUCAGCCAGUUUGAAGUAGAUCUGUACCAAAAUGAAGCAGCCUGUCAGAGCCCUUUGGAUCAUCAGUACCGUCAAGAGAUUCUGAAGCUGGAAGAUUCAGGUGGCAGGAAGAACCGACGGAUCUUUACCUACACUGACUCUGAUAGAUACACCAAUUUGGAGGAGCACUGUCAGAAAAUGACCACCGCAGCCAGCGAAAUGCCAUCCUUCUUGGUCGAGCGAAUGGCAAAUGUCAGGCGGCGACGGCAGGACAAGCGAGGGAUGGAGGGUGGCAUUCUUAAGUCACGAGUCGUCACCUGGGAGCCCUCAGAAGAAUUCAUCAGGAACAACCAUGUCAUCAACACCCCUCUUCAGACCAUGUAUAUCAUGGCAGACCUGGGGCCCUAUGGAAAGCUUGGCUAUAAGAAGCAUGAACAUGUCCUCUGUACUCUGAAGGUGGACAGCAAUGGAGUGAUCACAGUAAAACCUGACUUCACUGGCUCCAAAGGGCCCUACAGAAUCGAGACAGAGGGGGAGAAGCAGGAGCUGUGGAAGUAUACGAUUGACAACGUGAGUUCCUUCGCCCAGCCUGAGGAGGAGGAGCGGGAACAGCGCGUCUUCAAGGACCUCUAUGGCCGGCACAAGGAGUAUCUCAACAGCCUCGUGGGCACUGACUUUGAGGCGACCGUACCAGGUGCCCUCCGGCUGUUUGUGAAUGGAGAGGUGGUUUCAGCCCAGGGCUAUGAGUAUGACAACCUGUACGUCCACUUCUUUGUGGAAUUGCCAACUUCUAACUGGUCAAGCCCAGCGUUCCAGCAGCUCUCAGGAAUAACACAGACCUGUGCCACCAAGUCCCGGGGGAUGGAUAACGUGGCCUACUUCUCCUACCCUUUCACGUUCGAGGCCUCCUUCCUCCACGAGGAUGAAUCUGUCGGUGCGCUCCCAGAGUGGCCCGUGCUCUACUGCGAGGUCCUCUCGCUGGACUUCUGGCAGCGGUACCGCGUGGAAGGCUACGGGGCUGUGGUGCUGCCCACCACCCCAGGCUCUCACACCCUGACGGUCUCCACCUGGAGGCCCCUGGAGCUCAGCCCGGUGGCUGAACUGCGGAGGUUUUUCAUUGGUGGCUCUCUGGAACUGGAGGACCUCUCCUACGUGUGGAUACCAGGAACCUUCAAGGGGGAGCGUCUGAGCCGCUUCGGACUCCGCGCUGAGACCACAGGCAGCGUCACUUUCCGCCUGCACUGUCUGCAGCAGUCCCGGGCCUUCAUGGAGUCAAGUUCCCUCCGGAAGAGGAUGCGGAGUGUGUUGGACCGUCUGGAGGGAUUCAGCCAGCAGAGUUCCAUUCAUAAUGUUCUGGAGGCCUUCCGGCGAGCCCGGCGCCGUAUGCAGGAGGCCCGAGAAAGCCUCCCCCAGGAUCUUGUGAGCCCCUCAGAGACCUCGGUCUCCUAGCUCGCUGCAGCCCUGGCCUCUGCGAUAAGUGAUACCCACCACGGCCCGGGCCCUACCACCUCUUCAUCUUUCUGGUUAGAGACCCCGCUGACUUGCUGAUAACCAGAGGAGCUGAGAAUCCUGACCCCCCACCUGCUCUUCAGCUGCCAAAUGGCAACAAAGCCAGAGACCCUGUGGCCCACAGGUGGUCCCCUCUUGAUGUGUCAGCCCCUGCACACGCCCCUCACAAAAGGACAGGUGUUUGGGGGUAAGGCCAGAGUUACUUCUGUCCUUGGCACCGCCUGCUCUCUGGCCUGUCUCUUGGUCUCGGGGGCAGAGCGCAGCGGUCUGUCCUGCUCUGCACCUGCUGCACACUUGGGGCCCGAGAGAGAAGGCAGCCAAGGGAGCUCUCCCAUUCCCAGCCCGGGAGCCCAGCCUCCUCUUCCCGCCGGGGGCUGGCUGCCAGCGUAAAUGAAGGCUGAAGGCAAUGUCCAGUCCUUUCUGCUAGCUGGCUAGUGGCUUUUAUUGUGUUUUUUGUACAUAAAAAGAUUUUCUACCAUCUGA